AAACAGUUCUUUAGUGCCGCACAGUUGGAAUGGAAAAGAAAUUUUAUGUUCCGAAGGAUACUUCAGCAGAUACCAAAUGGGCACUUCCGCCAUUCACUGCGAACCCUGCCCCAAACGAGCCAUGUGUCGUAG